CGCUCCGUCCGUGCUCUUCUGUACUUUUUUGAUCUCCCUCUCUCCCUUGAUUCCAAAAGCAAUGGCGCCUAAGAGAAUCGGAGCCGGCGGUGGAGAUUCGAGCAUCUUGGCGAAGAUUGCAAACUCGGGCAUCGUGUCUCAUGGAAGAAGCGCCGCGUGCGACGCCGUUCACGUGUCGAAGAAGCUGUUAAAGAGCACCGGGAAGGCGGCGUGGAUCGCCGGUACGACGCUUCUGAUCCUCGUCGUGCCUUUGGUCAUAGAGAUGGAUCGAGAGCAGCUACUAAACGAGAUGGAGUUUCAGCAGACCAGCCUUCUCGGAACUCCACCACCGGCUGGUGGGAUGCCGAUGUACUAAAAAGUAUCUUGAGAAACCCUAAUUCGUCGAUCAUAUCAUUAUUUCGAUUUUGGUAUGUUCAUGCUUUUUUUUUUCUUUCUUGUGCUAUUCCGAUUAGAAACUGAGUAAGGGAUUUUUUUCUCUUGUGUUUGAGCAUCGUUCUUAGAAUUUGUUUGGCAAUUUAUGGCUUGAGCACUAUAUAAAAAAAAAAACAGAGCUUUUCUUGUCGAAGUGAUUAUAUUUAUGCAAUAAGUGAUGCUAA